AUGAACAGUCGACGGCGGCUAUCGAUGUUCAUUUCUCUGAUCAUUUUCAUAGCUGCCCUAUCUCUGGUUGCUGCAGCGUUAUUUACCGAUUACUGGUCCGAAAGUAGGCCUAUCAAUAAGAAAUUUAACUCUGUGAAUAAUUAUGUGAAUUUGGGUCUCUUUAAAGGCAGUCGACAGCUGGAUUGGGGGCUUGGUCCACGUUAUAAACCUUUUACAGUAUACGAGGAAUUACAUGACCGAGCAGGUUUCGUCUCUAAGGUUCUAUGGUUAUUUAUUCUUUUCUUCUUGGCAACUGGAAUUUUGUGGAAUGCAGUGGGUGCAGUUGUCGCACUUUUGAACACUGUCGCUAAAGAAACCAAUACUGUUGCUGGACCGAAAGGGAUUUAUCUGUGGAGCAUUCUUGCUGCGGUGUCAUAUGCAUCAGCGUUGAUAACUUUCUUGGCACAAUAUAUGACAACGAUUCAAAACAAUGUUUUACUGAACGAACACAUUAGUAGUGGAUUUUCAACGGAGAAUCGUACAAGGCUCAGUUUUUCAUUCUACUAUGUCACAACUGCACUGAUACUUUUGCUGAUCCCAUGUUUACUGGUUUACGGAACUUCAUCAAACAAACAGAGCAGUGAAGGAGAGAAGCGGUUACGUGUGGACCGUACUGUCUUUAUGUACUGAUGUGUUUAACUUUCUGUGUUUAAUGCGGA